AUUUUUGAUUGUCAACCAUCGCCUGGAGAGGUUAAUCAAACCUAUCGCUGCGUGAUAAUAUCGUGAAAGGUUAACAACCGAUGUUCAAACAAUUAAUAAUAUUUUCGAUCGAGAAAGAGAGUUAUUUAUGCGCCUCCGGACAUCUCAGGGGAAAAAUGAGCAGUCUCGUCGGUAAAGCAAACGUUGAUAAUAACAAACCUGUAGAAUCGUCGAUAAGGGCGAAACUCGAGGAUGGAUUGAAACCGAAUUUUAUUCAAGUGAUUAAUGAAUCUUAUAUGCAUAACGUACCCAAGGGAUCUGAAACGCACUUCAAAGUCGUUGUUGUCUCCGAAAAGUUCGCAGGCCAGCCUCUGAUCAAGCGGCAUCGAAUGGUCAACGAAUUACUUCGGAACGAACUUCAGACUUCUGUCCACGCACUGUCCAUCGUGGCAAAGACUCCGGAACAAUGGCAAGAGAGCUCGAAACUAGUCGAGCCCAGCCCCGCCUGUCGCGGAGGUUUUGGGAAAUAAAUCGCAGAUUCUAAAUCUAAUUUGUAAAUAUUGAGUGAUUAUUAAACGCUAGGAUUCUU